AUUUCCACGGACUAUUCGAUAUUAGCGGGUUUAGGGAAAUUAGGGUUUUGGAGCAGUAGUUUGGCCUCCAAGGGUGUGGCUGAGUGUAAUUCUAACUGCGAUAACGAGGUUGCGAUGGUGAUGGCGAAGGUGGAGGUGGGAGCUGCGCCCUCGCUCAACGUUGCGGAACGGGCCGAUGGAAGGUCCGCUUCUCAGCUUCGGCCGUUGUCACUUUCGCGUGGUUUGCUAACCCGAGCUCACGGAUCUGCUACCUGGUCGCAAGAAAACACUACGGUUUUGGCUGCUGUGUACGGUCCUAAACCUGCUGCGAUGAAGAAGGAGAACGCUGAGCGCGCCAUUAUUGAAGUUGUGUGGAGGGCCAAGAGUGGUUUGUCUGGGUCCUAUGAGAAAGACGCUGAAGUUGUAGUGAGAAGGUCGCUUGAAUACAUCAUACUGACUGCUCUGCACCCCAACACCGCUAUUUCCGUCAUCCUCCAGGUUAUCAAUGAUGAUGGAUCUCUACUGGCGUGUGCUAUGAACGCGGCAUGUGCGGCUCUUGUUGAUGCUGGCAUACCCCUCAACGGGCUUCUCUCUGCUGUUAGCUGCGGGGUUACUCAUGACGGUCAAGUAUUCCUGGAUCCUACAAAGCCAGAAGAACAAAAAUGCAAAGCCUAUGUCAGCUUCGUUUUUCCAAGUCGCCGUCUUUCUGCUGUUCCUGAGUUGCCAGCUGAUGUGGAUGGAGAGCCAGUCGAGUAUGGCAUAUUAACAUCCGUCACGCGUGGUGCAAUGGAAGUGGAGGAAUAUUUUUCGUGUGUGGAGAACUGCCGGGCCGCUGCUGCAAAAGUUUCUGAAUUCUCACGCAGUAGUAUAGAACAAAGCCUAAAAGGCAAUCGCGACGGAUGUUAACUUGGCGCUCCCAGCAUCACUGAUGGACAAUUUUGUUAAACGCUAAGAAGAGUUUGGAGGAUCAUGAUUUGUUCCGACACCCGAUUUUUUCAUUCUCUUUGGCACCUGGUCCUCCAAAGUAUUUGCAAAUUGCAGGGUCUUUGCUUGCAAGAAUUCAAGCCUUGUAGGGUAGGUGCGCCACGAACAGGUCGCGCUGAUAUCGAAAGUUGCUUCGGAGGUACUUAAAUGAAGAGAUAUUUAGACAGUACAUUGUCGAAACUUUGAGCCUGGUAAUUAAUACAUUGGUCAGAAUUGUCGUA